UGUUUACAUCUGAACAUGGGCUCAAAACCAGGUCUUGAAGAAAAGGUGAGCUUUUGGUCCGGAGGCCAAACUCUCUGGAUUUUGCACCACUCAGCAGCCCACCACACCGUCCGUUGUUCUUCUUCACCUGAAGUACCUUAGCUUCUUUUUCAAUCGACCGUGGUCAAGUUCUUUACCUGUCUGCCUGCCUGCGCGCCAACCACCUACAUCAUCUGCCUUUCACGUUCUUACGCGCACUUCCUCACCGUCGACUUCUCCCCCCAAGCAUGGAAUUCUAGGUGCCCGCCCAGAUUUUCCAUUCCUACACAGCCGGGUCGUAAUUCGAAAUUUGCAAUUUGCAAGUCGCAGACGAACAAAACGUAACCGACCCCGGGAUGCAGUCUCAAAAUUCGCACCGAGAGUCAGAGGAGCAGGGCAGCCGAUCAAUUUCGUCACCCUCGCCGUCGCCGCUGACCUCGCCGCCCUACGCUACACCGAUCCAGCGAGUUCCCAGGGCCAUGACUACAGGAGAGUACUCGCCGUCAAGCUGGCCGUUUCCCAAGCAACAGCUAUCUUCGUCACGGUACCUAACCGAGGAAGAAGCUGUGGCAACCGUGCGACAGAGAGAAAUCUGCAGCGAUGAUCCGAUGGACAAGAACGGUGCCAUGAGUAUUCGACCUAGCCAGAAAGCUUGGUAUCCAACCACAGGUGCCAGGUCACUUCCCGACAUUCACGGUUCGAUCAUGCAGUCCUACAUAUUCGAGAGCUCGGUCGCCGGAGUACUUUCUGACCCUUUCGUUUCCAAUACAGUGGCCGCUGGUGCCGAGGAAAAUCUCAUCAAAGACGAGAAUCCCGAGGCAACCAGCCUCAAUUCCACAGCUAAAAAUAGCUUGCUGGCGCCAGUAGCGAAUGUCCCCGAGAGGCCCGAGUCUCCAACUCCUUACUCUUCAGCAGACGAACCGUCCCCGGGAGACCCUCGUCGAGGAUCAGAGAAGGAUGCGGACCAGAUGCCCAAACUGCACCCGGCACGGAGUGACAUGCGCAUCAAGACUGCUAUUGCAAACCAGAAAGGAGUCCGCGUCUAUUCGACAUGCGACAUGGACGUGCCCGGAAGAGUUGACCACUCCACCUCCGCCUACUUAGAUUCUCAUCUGCACAAUACCAGCUUUGAGACCACGUCUGACUACAUGACCGGAGACGACAAGGGUAACAACGACGAAGAAUACAUUAUAGUUAACCGCCUAGCGUCGGAGUUGACUGAGCACAUGCCCAGCGGGGAGCGAGGGUUGGCCGCCGAGGCUGCCGCCCAGGAAACUCAAGGCAUCAUUCUCCUGGGCCCGGCAGCAACGUCGAUGGAGAUGUUGGGUGAUAGCAGAGCAUUAACUCGCAACAGCUCUAGGUCUUGGAGACCAACAAUAUGCCCAGGCACACCGCUACCUGACAUCGGAUCUAUUCGACGCGGCCCCACAAUUCGCCACAACCGUAUGACGCCCAUAGCAACCCGAUGCAUGACCACGGACGACGCCUACCCAAUGACAGGAAGCAACAAGGGAACGGGGAGGCCCGCGAACAUUGCACUCAUCUUGACGCUUACAUCGGCUGUCUUGCUGCAGUUGGCCAUCGUGGCCCUUGUCGCGAGCGUCACCGUCUGCGCCAUGGAUAGGAGCAUGAACAAGCCAGUUGGCCAAGGGGCCCUCGUGGGCACCGCCUUGAGUAUCGUCCUGAUUGUUAUAUUUGUCGCCGGAUUUGUCGUUGGCGUCACUCGGUUUCGCAAGCUGGGCAAGAGGUCAAGCGUCGGGGGCGCCUGGAUCGAAAUGCAGCACCGGGCCAGAAAGCUCCCGCCGCGACCAUCGGCAGACAACAGCGAACCAGAGCAGGAGAAUGCCGCCACAGCCGCAUGGAAGAAGUUUACCGACAACCAUGCGUUACUUCGCAACUAUGUCGAGGGUCUCGAGAACGUCAUUGGCACUCUCAAGGAACAUCACGAGUCUUCUAGCCGCCAACCGAACCACGCCAUCGACUCUGCUCUCGUUGCCGACGUCGGCCAGCGACGCAGGAAGGGCACCGCUACCGACGACAUAACUGCCGUUGCCCAGGGGGGCGGUAUGAUGACUGACAUUACCUGUAGCCAGACCAAGGGUGCGAAAAAGGGCGUCUCAAUGUCUCAACGCCACCUGCUGUACGGGGAGGAGACGCUUGCCACGUCCGAUUCCUGGCAAACUCUCGGAAGCAAGCUUGCUGUGCCUCUGUCAAACACUAAAACGAGCAUCCUGACCGAGCUGUGUGACGCUGUCGUGGAGCCGUACAGCCCCUUAUCCAACGGCUGCAACUCGGAAACCGGUCGCGUCCCCAGUGGUGCGGCCAUCUCAGGAACGAGAAACGUCAAGCCGGAGAAUGACAGUCUGUCUGGGCCUGCGGUGCCUAGCAAGUGCAAAACCCACCGGCGUGGGGUCCCGUCUAUUGAGAUAUUCAACGGGGGAAUCAAGGAUUCCUGAUGGGAAUGACACGAGAUGGGUGCAUAAUCUGGCCGCCUUCACGAGCGAGAGAGACCGGAUAGUGAAUGUCAGGUCCCAAACGAACUGCGGAAUUGUUCUUGUCUAGGGGGUUCUUGGGUUAAAUCCUAAGAAACAAGCCCACGGUUGCGAGAUGAGGGUGCCAUGUAAGACCAUAUUAGCACUCUUCGCCUACUGCCUCGCCAAUGGGUUACAUACACUC